AUGCCGCCCUUCCAACCCCGUGACCCGCCUACAGGAGUCGUUCCGGCGACAGUCAUACUUCGCAAGAUCAACCCAAGAAAACGGGGUCGACCUAAGAAGAUGCCGCUUGGCCACUCCUCUCAGUCCUCCCGAGUUGAGGGGCAAUCACAGCAGUCUGAACAGCUACUCGUCACACCCGUCCAGCAGACAGGUAAACGUGGCGCCCCCGACAGUGGAAGACCGGCGAAGAAGCGUAAAGUUCCACUGGGCGCAUCAUCCACCGGAAACCUGCUUGCGCCUGAACCAGGAGUCAGUUCACUUCAUCACCAACCAGCUGCCGAAGACAUGACAUCACCUCCUGACUCAAAUAUCCCCUCACCUCCGCAUUCACCUAACUCCCAACCUGAUUUGAGCUCUGGUUCACGACGUCCGAAUUUCCGCCCUCCCGAACAUGUAGAUUAUGAAGACUGGGUUGCCCGUUAUCAUGACACCCCAGACCUUCGUCUUGUUAGCGACCUUACGGGAUACUGGCCGCGUGAUGUGGACGAUGUGGAAGAGACGUUGGAACCUCUCCAAGAAGCCGCCAAGACUGCCCGUUUGCAUCCUCACGACUACAAUCUCGACCGUCACACCAUAUACAAAGGGGCAAAAAUCGAUUGGACUGACGGUCCUGGGCUUCAUCCAAGUGACGUUCGGGCUCGGCGAAUGGACAUUUCUAUAAAUGAAAAGGACUUCCGCACUCAUCCAGAUCGUCUCAUUUGGCGAGUGGUGUUCUCCUGCAAUGGUGCAUGUGCAACGUCUUUUGGAACAACAGGCGUCCCAUCUGUUCCGUCUUUAUCGACUCAUGACCAUACUGCCGACGAAUUGUACGCUUUCGCUAAAGCCGCAUCUAAGCGUCGCUCGGUGAGAGUAGAAGCAAUGAAGAAAACCCAACCCACGCUACCUAAUCCGAUCGAAGCGGCUUCCGAACCAGAUGACAGCCAGUCUCACGGGAUGGAGUGGGGAGGGGCAGGUCCUCUUCCUGUCUCUGAGAACCGUUCGAAGCGCACAAAUCGUUCACGUAAAUCUUGGUCGACUGUCUCUCAGAACAGGCGAAAACCACCUGGAGACCACAAAGAGACAUUAUCCCCGAAAAUCUCUCAAACCACCCCCCGGCAGUCCACAAUCAGAGAAAAGGUCCUUGGUCCUGGUGUUCCGACCUCCAAAUCCUCAAAGCAGACAAACACCGAUGAGCAACUGCGAGAGCCUGAAGAUUCACAUAUAUCCAAUGUGAACGACCGUGAAGCUCAUUCGGACUGGUUCACCUUUGUUCCGGAUGGCGUUGAACAAAUUACAAAUCCGGUGAAACCAGCUGAAUGGUCACACGGACAUGACGACAAGGACCCAACAAGCACCACUAGUGAAUCCGGAAUCAAACAUCAACGUGACAUCAACCAAACUAUAGUUGAUGGUGCACAGCAGCCCAAGCCAACAAGCGUCAGUCAAGCCAAACAAGCGUUUCAGUGGGAAGGAAGGAUGGCAGGAGAAGUCAGCUCAGAUGAAGAUGACAGUGGCUCAGACGAGGGUGACGGAGGGACUGAUGACGGAUCAGCCGACCCAGGGAGUGAUACAAAACAGGAGCACAAACACCCAGGGGAGCGACCAGGAACUUCGACUAAUGUCAGAGAUGUCAGAGACAAUAUAUAUGAAGACAAGCAUGAUAGUGCAAAUGAAGAAGUAGGAAGAAGGGAUGAGACUGAGGACAAAGACAAGAACAAUGAUGCAGACGACAAUGAUGACGACAAUGAAGAUGACCAUGAAGAAGACGAUGAGAACAACGAUGAAGACGACGAUGAAGACGAAGGUGAAGAAGAUGUUGAAGAAGAUGGUGAAGAAGAUGGUGAAGACGAAGGUGAAGACGAAGGUGAAGACGAAGGUGAGGAUGAAGGUGAAGACGAAGGUGAAGACGAAGUUGAAGACGAAGGUGAAGACGAAGGUGCAGACAGAGGUGAAGACGACCGUGAAGACGAAGGUGAAGACGAAGGUGAAGCAGAUGGUGAAGACAAUGGCAAAAAUGAGGAUGAAGACGACGAGGAAGAUAGUGAAGAUCAAGAACAAGAUGAAGAAGAAGAAGAAGAAGAUGAUGAUGAUGAAAAUCAUGAUGAUCGCAAAGACAAUGUCAACGACAGUGACAAUGACGAAGCCAGCAGGAGCCACAACAAUCAGGACACUGAAAAUGGCACCCGAGGCAAUGGAGGUGAGCAUGAUGGGAACGAAGACACCGAAGAGGACGCAGACAUGGAGAAUGAAUCACCCAGUCUUAAGAAGGGAGGAGAUAGAAGGAAAGAUUUUCCGACGGCUAAAAAGAGUGACAAAAAUCAGCUUGUUCAUCCGAAAAGCAGAAGGAAGCGUCAUUGUGAUGCUUUUGUAAUUCAAUGCCGCGAGGGAAUGUGCACGAUAAUUAUGAAAUCUGAGGAUUUUCAUCCGCCGGUCUCAAACCUGACGGACCUCAGAAUAUCUCCAUAUCUACGUCGUCUACUCCACGAGGCUGCAAUGGGAUUCGGUAUGACCACCAGUAGACUCCAGGACUGGUAUUCCCGCUUCGUACUUACCACGGAUAGCCACGCAAAAUGGAUACAGAAAGUGUGUCCACACCGUUCUGCGCGGUACAAAGACUUCAAGCAAGCUGUAGAAACUGCCAGUCAAGCGGCCAAAGUUCACGCCAGCCCACUGGCAGGUAUGACCAUAUUGGCAAGCAGACACCCAGAGGCGUUCAUUGCUUCUGAAUUCCCAUCCCUUCUGGGUGAUGAAGCGAUUCUUCGGGUUGAAAAGGGAUCACGCUUCCAAUGUGUUAUCGCACCGCCUGCUGCUAGAGUGGCGGCGAUACUUCAAGUGUUUGCCAAGGGAAUGUAUAUGGACUCGUCAUGGAGAAACAAAAACUCCUUCAAGUGUCCAUUGACCAUGCUGGUCACUGUCAACCAGUAUCAUCGUAUGAUUCCUCUUGCUGCUAUGAUAUCCAACUUUGCAGAUCACAAGGCAUAUGAAUUUCUCUUGGCCUCGUUCAACAAGGCAGUUCGUCAAACGGCUCAAGAUAUCCUGAGCGGUCAAUUCAAAACGAAGGUUCCCGGGGUUUCCCAGCGCGAAUUACGCCGGGCCUGUCAAGCCGUUGCUCAAGAUGGAUUGACUCCUCGGUUCAUGAUGAUCGAUGGUUGUGAUGCCGAGCGCAAUGCAAUCCAGACCGUCUACCCGGGAGUGGCUCUCCGAGUCUGCCAGUUCCACAUGAUGCAAGCCUGUCGAUCCAAGAUACGGCGUAUAUUUGGACGUAGCAAUCGCGCAGAAAUCAUAACCUCAGGAAUAUUGGAUGCCAUUCGAGAGUGUCAACGGUGCGACGAUGAAGAACACUGGGAGCGAUCGUAUGAAGAGCUGGAAGCAGAGGUCAAUCGUUUGGCGGCUGAUGAGGGAGAAGCCUGGGAGGUGUUGAAGGAGUACCUCGACCGUGAAUGGUUCAGUGAUCGGUGGCGCAACUUUGUUGUGGACUAUGGUAUGCCCUCUCAUAUCACUAGAGAUGGUCCGUGGUCCACAAACAAUUACUCAGAGGCCGGGUUCCGAACGUUUGAUCGGGUCUUCCUUGGUUGUCGUUCAAACAAAAGACUAGACCGAUUAGUCGCAAUUAUCAUCAACGCAUAUUUCCCUUUCUACUCCAAUACCCCACCUGACAAGCCCAGAGCAGAUCCCCAUUUGCAACGUCAUCUCUUUGGUGGACUUCACCUUUGGGAGACGGAUACCAUCCAUCCUUGUCCUAUGGCUCUGGUUCCGGAAGCUCAUCGAGUUCUCUUUGACCCCACGACUACUGUUUACGCUGUUCUUUCACCUCGCCGUCUGUCAGAGACAACCUCCUCUCACUUCUGCGGCAGAAAAUCCAAAAGUGGACGAGAAGUCUGCACCUGCCGCUAUCCAGUACUAUCAGGGAAGCGCUGCAACCAUCUAUGGGCCAUGAGCACUUAUGAGCUGUGUGGACCCGUAUCUUCUUUUGAAGAGAACGCUGCCUUAGUGGAGGACUAUUUACGGGAGCGACCUGACUUGUUGGAUCUUGGUCAGGUAACUGCUGAGGAUGAGGAUCCUUACAAGCAAGACCGGCUUGACUUCGAGAAGUACUGGACCGAAGACGUUGCAGAGCUAUCCAAUCUGUCUGUUAUCAACCUCCAGCCUGAGCCACCAUCCCCGUCCAAGAGAAAAGACAGACAAGCUUCAGUGGACGGGCCGGACCAAGCUUCAUCGUCGAUGCCAUCUUCACCUGUGCGAUCACGACGAGAAAUAACUCCGAUAGGAAGGCGCUAUCAAUCUCGUGUCACCUGGGAGAAACCGGAGUAUCGAACAGAACAGGGGUAUGAUGACACACGUUAUACUACCGCAAUCCCAAGCAAUUCGAAUCACAAUACCACCAGUCACACGAGCAGAAACCCCAGCGCCGCACCCAGACAGCCUUCUAUACAUACCAAUCAAGCCGGCGAGUCUCCCAGUUCCCCUAGUGGCCCCGAAUGGCCCUCGAAUGGCCCCGAAUGGCCCUCGAAUGAGUCCGAAUGGCCCGUCAAUGCUGCCGAAUGGGAAUCAAAUGCGCCCGAAUGGAAAUCAAAUGCGCCCGAAUGGGCAUCAAAUGUUCCCGAAUGGUCAUCUGAUGCUCCCGAAUGGCAUCCCAAACAGCUAGACCUGCCAAAAACCUCUCACAUCCCAAAAUCCACUCGUACCUACACCUCACAGUCUUCGCCAAAGUCAUCUGUUCCAACACCACAGGCGCCCGCCAAGGACCAAGGCUGGUUUCAAUACCCUUCAGGACGGCCACGAAAGAAUGUGCCACUUAAUCCGUCUCGCAAGUCUGGCCCAAAACCCACUCCAAGCUCAUUACGGAUUUCUGAGAAGGUUCGAGACUCGUUGUCUCCGCCAACUGGUGCUCUCAACACCGGAAAUGAUUGUUACGGGAUUUCCCUAUUCCAGAUUCUUAUCAGGCUUGCCAAAUGGAUGGAGAUUCUUGAAUAUGUGGCACCAAUUGGAUUAACUCCAGCAGAUCCAGUCACACAGCUUCUCAGGCUCUUUAUUGAGUCCUUGAAGAAGUCAGAACCUUCCUCGUUCCCACACCUGCGCCAAAUUCUGAAAGCCCAGGGCCUCGUGGACCACGAAGCAUCACAGCAAGAUCCUCAUGAAGUAUUCACGAGAUUGACGUAUUACUUGGAUAAUCAAUUUCAUACCAGCCUCUUCAGUCGCCUCUUUCAAUUUGAAGUCGCCAGUAAUGUGAAAUGCCCCUCUUGUGGCCAUUCUUCGGUAACUCAAACCGAUACCGCAUUGCAUCAUUCACUCUUCAUAUUUCCUGGGGCGACCCCUGCCACCACUACCCCUGACCUGGCUUCUAUGAUAGACUCAGCUUUGCAGCGAGUGUCAUCCGGAAGGCAACAUACCUGUCCCCGUGCUCCUUGUGGACACGUUUUUCACGCCAAAUCCGUUUCAAAGAUCUCUUACACUGGUCCUUACAUGUGUAUACAUGUCAACUGGAACGCAGAGACGGUCAGUGGACAAGUAGCAGUCAUAAAGAGACUGCAUUUCGAUAUACCUCGAACUACAACCCUACCUAUCACUGCCGCUGAUCCCAACGUGUCAGAUGCACAAUGGCAACUGGCAGGAAUCGUAUGCCGCAUUGGUGGAACUAUGGAUGGAGGGCAUUACGUGACCAUUGCUCCUGGAGUAGACACUGAGUGGUGGCUUUUGGACGAUGAGCGGGUGUCUUACUGUGCGUCUCCGGGAAUGGAGGCCUUUCGAGCUGGAAGGUAUCCAACAAUGAUCUUCUAUCAACUGUCAAAGGUCUUGGGAGACGAAGGUCCUAAAUACAUUGUCCCGGACCCUGUGGACCGAAACCAAGAUCAACCUGCGAAGGCACACCCAGCAAUGAUCCAUGCUCCAUCCGUGCCAUUCAAACCAACAUCACUCAAGGCAAUUCUCAAUGAUACUUCAGAACCUGGUAUUCUAUCCAUGCCGCAUAGUGUCCCUCCAGCUGAGCAAACUAUCACUGUCUACUCUGACCCCAUCGGAGAUCACCAUCAGGCAUUGCCGUCCAAUACCAGUCGUCAGACAGACACGGUCAGAAGUACUGCAGUGGUGCGCCCAGCUCCUGUCACAUCAUCACAACUGCCUGUCAAGACACCAUCUUUUACAACGACGCCUUCCUCUAUCAAAUCUGAGGCACCUCAGGCUAGGGCUGUUCCAGCAGCCCUGUCUGAAAACCCUCUUUCGCAGGUGUCGCCGAUUGUCGUGAAGACAAUCGAUGGACAAAAACACAUGUCAAACACAGGGUCUGAUCCUAUCAGCCCUUCCGCUGUAGGUUUCAUGGAUCUGCUCGGGUCUGAGCAAGCUACUGGUAUCCGACCACAGCCAGUCAUCAAGCUAGAAGCUUCUUCCUCUGUUGGCAUACCGGAAAGUGCCCAUCCUCCCCUUGCCGUACCCGAUUCAGAGGUGAAUGUCGAUUUACUCAACUUCCUUUUUGGUACAGCGCAGGAAGACCCCUUCACGGGGAAAAGCGCAGAGUCAGCAGUGGAAGAAAAAAUAGUUGAUGUCACUACAAAUGAGGUCACAACCACGGCUCAAUCCCACCACGCACAAAUUACUCCUGUCACCAGUGUCACAGAUCAGUCGUUCAAUGACCCACCAGGCAAUGCAGCUACCAUUGCCUCCGAAUACGCAAGUCCUUUCGGACCAGACUGGUACACUAUUGUGCCAUUAGGCGCAGAUCACAUGUCUGGCACCAAUGAUGGGUUCAAUAGCUAUAACAACAAUUUGGAAUCCCAGCCUCUGUCCUUUGUACCGGACUCACAUGACAACACGUUAACAACUCCUGGAGACCUCUUAGGAAACACAAGAGACACUGUAUGGUCUUUGCCGGAUACUGAAGCUAUUUCGACAACCCGUGAUCCCCACGCAGGAGUUCCAAUAGAUCAACUGACCGAUGAUCAGCUCGUAGACAAGGCUUUGGCAAGAUAUGCUUCAUUGAAAUGGGAUGUUCCAGACAACAAAGCCCGUGACAUCAACUGCAUAAUCAUGGCUGUGAACAAGUUUUCCGAAUGGAUGCCACCACCGCUGUCCAGAAAUUUCUUCAUACGACUCAUGAAGCGACUCCAUGAGAAGCCAGAACGUCCAGGGAUCAUAGACCAGAUGAUUAGAACAGAGAAUCCUGCGGUCCAGGUGUCGAGUCCCACUUUCUCUGGGUUAAGAUCUCGGGAGCAGUGGUGGAAUAACUUCUGGAUGGACGCAGUCUGUUUGGCUGCUCAAGACCGGGUCAAGCGGAAGUAUCCUGAUGCUCCACGCACGGCGGUCGCCAUUGUACCCGGUCUCUUCUCAUGGAAAAGGAAGGAUGGCGAGAUGGUGCCAAACCUGGAUACGAAAAUGUCUCUUCCUGGCUUAGGCAAGAACUCUUCCUGGCGGACCCGGACCAAUGUGGCCAUUGUUUCCACAAGUUGGAACACCCAUUUUGCUACUGUUGUCAUCUUUGGUCCCCAAAAGCUGAUGAUAAUCUUUGACAGCGCUGGAGGUGGUCAUGAUUGCCAGGAGUUGAAAUCAAAAUGGCGGACAAUGCUGAGAGACCGUAUGACCUGGGAGCGCAACAGAGGCUGGGUCGAUGAUGAGGCCAAUGAGGACUGGAUCUUUGCUCCAAAUACGCCUAAAUUGCGAGAGGGUCUUGAGUAUUCGACCGUGCGCUUCCAAUCUGGGUCUUAG